UACUGAUGAGUGUCCUGCGCACUGUCGCGAUGGCCACGUCGGCUUUGAGAAAGCUAACUUGAAGUGCCUCACUGCCUUUCUGACAGGAUCGAGAUGAGGUGGAGUAGAAUCUGGAUCCUUCCGAUACGCAGUGCUACCCAAGUAAAAUAUGAUCGUCGCUGAUUACACUUUUACCAUUUUCGUCACGUUACAAAUGUGUUUUGCUACGCAUUCAUUGUUUUAAAGGGAUACAGAGAGAGAAAAGGCAGGCAGAGGCACAGGGGUUCCUAUAAACAUGAGAGCGCGAACGCGCGUGCACGUAAACAGCCGGCAGGAGACGUGUGUGUGACGUCAUCAAGUGCGACGAAAACUGAAGUGAGCGCGCGCCUUAUGUCUCUAAACUUGAGAAGUGCCCUGGAGGCAGUGAUCGAGAUGGUAGCUUUUUUUUGUCGCCGAGGGAGUCGUCUUUAACUUAGUCCCAGGGACAGAGCAAGGAAGACAAGUUGCCAUUCACUGUAACAUCAAGAUGGAUGUGAAAGAGGAGACCUGUGAGGCUGACAUAAAGACAGCAGAGUUAAUGUCUGUAAAUAUUAAGGAGGAGGAUUGUGAGUGGGAGCCUAUCCACCCUAACAAGGAGAGUCCCAGCAUUAAGGAGGAGGAUUAUGAACUGGUAACUGUUGACAUUAAAGAAGAGGCUAAAGACACGUCUGUCAGCAUUGAGACGCACAGACAAAAAAGUAUGGAGGGUACUGAGCUCAAGGUGACGUCUGGCAGAAAGAGGACUAAGGGAGAGUCAUCUGUUAGAACUCAGGAAGGCCAGCCAUCGUCUUCACAGCAAUCUGGAGAAAGAAACAAACCUCACUGCUGUCUUCAGUGUUAUAAACAAUUCUGGUACAAGAGUGCUCUUCAGAAACACAGAAGAAUUCACACGGGAGAAAAGCCACAUUGCUCUUCUGACUGUGGCAAACAAUUCUCACUUAUUGGCCAUAUCAAGAACCAUGAAAGGAUUCACUCAGAUGAAAAGCCACAUUGCUGUCCUGAAUGUGGAAAACAAUUCUCGAUACUUAGUAAUCUCCAGAGCCACAGAAGGACUCACACAGGUGAAAAGCCACAUUGUUGUUCUGAAUGUGGCAAACAAUUCUCACAUAUUAGCAAUCUCCAGAGACACAAAAGGAUUCACACAGGAGAAAAACCACAUUGCUGUUCUGAAUGUGGGAAACAAUUCUCGCAAAUUAGCAAUCUCCAGAGCCACAAAAGGAUUCAUACAGGUGAGAAGCCACAUUUUUGUUCUGAAUGUGGCAAACAAUUCUCACAAAUUAGCAAUCUCCAGAGCCACCAAAGGAUUCACACAGGAGAAAAACCACAUUGCUGUUCUGAAUGUGGCAAACAGUUCUCUCAAAGGAGUGGUCUACAGAGGCACAUUACAAUUCACACUGGGGAGAAGCCUUAUUGCUGUUCUGAAUGCAGCAAGCAAUUCUCUCACAGGAGUCAUCUUCAGAGCCACACGAGGAUUCACACAGGAGAGAAGCCAUAUGGCUGUAAUCAGUGCGGGAAAGAAUUCUGUCACAAGAGUAAUCUUCAGAGACACCAGAAUUCACAUCUGAGAGAAAAACCUCACUGCUGUUCCGAGUGUGAUAAACAAUUCUCGCACAAGAGUGCUCUUCAGAAACACAGAAGAAUUCACAGUGGAGAAAAGCUGUAUUGUUGUAAUGAAUGUGGCAAACAAUUCACAGAAAUUGGCAAUCUCCAGAGCCACGAACGGAUUCACACAGGAGAAAAGCCAUAUUCCUGUACUGAAUGUGGUAAACGAUUCUCACAAACUGGCAAUCUCCAAAACCACAAAAGGGUUCACACAGGGGAAAAGCCACAUUGCUGUUCUGAAUGUGGCAAACAAUUCUCUCAAAGGAGUGGUCUACAGAGACACAUUAGAAUUCACACUGGCGAGAAGCCAUAUUGCUGUUCUGAAUGUGGCAAGCAAUUCUCGGACAGGAGCCAUCUUCGGAGACACACAAGGAUUCACACAGGAGAGAAGCCUUUUUGCUGUUCUGAAUGUGGCAAACAAUUUUUUGUCAAGAGUAGUCUCAAGGGCCAUAAAAGAAUUCACACUGGGGAGAAGCCAUAUUACUGUAAUGAAUGUGGCAAACAAUUCAGUUACAAGAGCAAUCUUCAGAAACACUGCCGAAUUCACACUGGAGAGAAGCUGUAUUGCUGUAAUCAAUGUAGGAAAGAAUUCUGUCACAGGAGUAAUCUUCAGAAACACAUCAGAAUUCACACUGGAGAGAAGCCAUAUAACUGUAAUGAAUGUGGCAAACAAUUCUGUCACAAGAAUGCUCUUCAGAAACACAGCAAAAUUCACACCGUAGAGAUGACAAACCAUAGCAAAUAAACUGAAAUGACUCAAAUGUACAAAUAAUAUUCAACCAUGAAGUAAGAAAGCCUGGAGCAACAUCCAAAAUCAAAUUAACUUGGCUAUUCCAGAACAAUGAGGAGGAGACAAACUUCCCCACCUUGUGCUCCAAUGAACAGUACAAUACACUAAGCAGCAGAAGAAAAAAAAUUGAAUUGUGGAUACUCUGAACUUACCCAUAUGUUACUCAUAAGAUGCAAACUACAACCAAAAGAUGAAUGCCUACUCCUGGCUGUAGAAGACACAGGUUUGCAUAGAAGAUGGUUCAGGCCAUCAAAAGGAAAAAAACAAAAAUAAUAAUGCAUUACCAGUAACAGCCACUUCUGCCAAACACCGCAAGAAACUGUCACCCAUCUUGUUGCUGGUUGUGUAGUAUUGAUAGCUGAAUGAUUAUACACUGAAAGAGUCAUCAAAAUGGCCAGACUCAUUCAUUGGAGAAUCUGAAAGAAAUCGGCACUAGAAAAGCACUGGGACCACAAUCCACAACGCAAUAUGGAAAAUGAAGAGAUGUUGGUCACUUGGGCACACCAACUCGCAGAAAAACAGAUCUCAGGAAACCAGAUAUAGUCAUCAAGAAAAAAACAGUCUAAGAAAACUUUGAUAAUAGAUGCAUAAUUUCUUAGUGACUACUCAGUUCAGACACUUUCGAGUCAAAAUGUAAUAAAAUAUUUUGAAGUGUGAUCCAAGGUAUGCCAAAUGUUGGGGCGCUUUUGGGAGGUAAGGGGUUAGUUCUUGUUGCGCUGGGAAAAAAAGGACUAAUAAAGUGCAACUUUCUGGCCCAUUUUGACAGCCUACCAGUCACCAUAACUCCAUUUGAAUUGCCAAAAGAAGCCUUGUUAGGAACUUCAACAGUGCGAGUGCAAACUUCAGGGAGUGAGAAAUAAAGCAGUACAACCAACCAGACCAUCUUGACUAAACAGUGAGGUUCAGUCCUGUUUUGAGAGUAAGCACCCCAAGAAAAGUUUGAGAAGUUAAAUAAAAUUUGUAGACUAUCCAAAAGCUGGAUACCAAAAAAAAAGAAAACUGCUUCCUUCCCAUCAAGCAAUAAAGUAGAAAUUGUGCAUUGCAAGACUUUACAUCCUUUACUUUUACAAUUCUAAUCCAAUCAGUUGUCUAAAUUACAAACCCUGCUUACAGGACCAACUCUUUAAUUGCAGAAGGGUUUUGAGUUUACACACAACUGAAACAAUGAUACUUGUAAUUCCCACACCACAAUCCUUUGUUACGCAGACCCUUACAUACGUCCUCCACCCCAGCUCAUAUUUUGUUAUCCUUGCACUAACCUGACCUGAAAGGAGACAAAACCCACACCUCAAAGCACUUGCACCAGAACUACGGCCCGUUCUUCACCCAGAAUGAUCUGCUACUGUGCUUC